CAAGCUUCUCAAGCUCUAUUGGAACAGCAAACAGCUCAACAUGUCUGGUCGCGGCAAAACCACCGGUAAAGUCAGAGCCAAGGCAAAGACCCGCUCCUCUCGUGCCGGGCUUCAGUUCCCAGUCGGCCGUGUUCACAGGCUGCUGCGUAAAGGAAACUAUGCGGAGCGUGUCGGUGCCGGAGCCCCCGUGUACCUGGCGGCGGUGCUGGAGUAUCUGACCGCUGAGAUCCUGGAGCUGGCUGGAAACGCCGCCCGCGACAACAAGAAGACCAGGAUCAUCCCCCGUCACCUGCAGCUGGCUGUCCGCAACGACGAGGAGCUCAACAAGCUGCUGGGCAAAGUCACCAUCGCUCAGGGCGGCGUGCUGCCCAACAUCCAGGCUGUCCUGCUGCCCAAGAAGACCGAGAAGGCCGGAAAGGCCAAGUAAAGCCCCGCGCUGAUUUAAUCACUCCCAACGGCUCUUUUAAGAGCCACCCACUUAUCUUUUUAUUGAGCCAAGUCCUGAAAGAUUUUCAACGCCUCGUAAUUAUAUAAAACAAACAUCAAGCUAUACAGUAAUGGAAGAAAUGCAGCACACAGUGCUUUAUAAUAACUACACUGUAUCACGUGGAGCCAACUUGCUACAUUAUGUACAAAUAUCCUUUGUAAAGCUGAAACCAGUAUUUGAACGUUUAAGUUUAGUGUAAUUUAUGUAUAAAUUUGCAAAAUAGCACUGAUUAUCAUAGCCAGAUCAGCGCUGUAGCUACGGCGUAGGCUCCGCGUCAACAUAGCCUGGCGUGCACCUCUCCAGAAUUGUAACUACACUUUAUGGUGACGCAGACCUCCUGUCUGUCUCUGUAUACUGACUCCCUCAGUGGAAACAAAGCUUUUAUUUACUUUAAUUUUACAGAUAAGAAACAAUAAA